GAUUUUCCGAGAAUGUGUUCUUGAAUCCGCUGACACUGACCUACUCUUCCUUUAUCUAUUGAUGACAACUAGCGGCACUAGCGUUGGUAUCAUUUAGUCCACUAUAACAAUCUUUGUUUCUCUUUCUCUCUCUCUCAAUUUUGAAAAAAGAAAAAUUGUACUCUCUCUCUCGCUUUUCCAAAUAUUCAGAUCACAUGAGUGUCCAAAGGUGGACACUCUGUCCCACUAUCUAAGCACUGAUCUCGUCUUCCAAUGUCCAUGGCUGGACGGUGAGCUGCAAGAAAUGCAUAUCGCUCAUAGUUUUUCUUUUCUGAUUGAAGGGGAGAACUUUGUAUAUAAUGUAAAAUAGAAGGAGGAAGGUGUAGAAGAGUGGGAGCAGCAGAGGCUGAGAAAUGGAAGCAGCAUCUCCAUCUCCUGGUUCAGACCCUUUAUCUUCUUCGCCACCACCUUCACAAGAUGCUACAGGACCAGGCGUUUUAGCUGAUCCACCUUCUCCCAAGAACCAACAUGCACCCCCUUCUCUUCCUGAUGCAUCAGCAGCAGCACCAACGCCACCUGCUCUGGUGCCACUUCAACCUUCUGGACCUCUCGCCUCCUCUUCUCCUCCACCCCUUCUUCCCUCACAGCCUCCUCCUGCUCCUCCUCUGGUUCCUUCACCUGCUUCAUCUUCUGCUCCUCCUCCUUCGCCACCUCUUGUAUCUCCUUCACCAUCAUUGUCCUCACCAUCACCAUUGCCACCUUCUUUGCCCCUUGUUCCACCGCCACUGCCUUCCUCUCCGCCACCACCUGAAUUGACAGCUCCACCAUCUAAAGCUUCACCUUUGCCACCGUCAACCCCAUCGCCUUCGCAUUCUCCUUCGGCACCUGAUUUGCCUGUAUCUCCACCUUCACCUCCUUUACCAUCACCGUCAUCUAUAGUUUCUUCUCCUCCACCACCACCACCAUCACCACGACCACACAAGCAUCCCCUGUCCCCUGCUCGUCCGAAGCUACCACCAGCACCUGCAAACUUCUCCACAUUGCGGCACCCUCCGACAUCGCCGGCGCCGUCUAGUGCAAAGCUACCUCCUCCUCCUCUUUCUCACCCCAAGGUUCAGUCACCUCUCUCAUCUUUGAGGUCGCACCCAGCUUCGUCUUCUGCACCACCACCGUCUAGUCUCCCAAAGGCUGUGAUACCGUCAAAUAUUUCUUCCACGAAGUCAUCUAGUAUCAGUUCCAACAGCGGAUGGAGGUCUCCGACAUCGGGUUCUAGCAGGAAUUCUGCUGUGGCUAAGUUCUGUGGUGUUGUGGGAGGAGUGGCCAUUUUUGGCUUGAUUGCGCUUAUCUUGUAUAACGCCUACGCGAGGAAGAAAAGGAGAAAUCGACAUGGAUCUGCGGAUGAUUACGUUGAUUCUUUGCCUAGAAGCGUUUUGCAACACUCAGGUUCCGCUGCAGCAUUUUACAGGCACAUGGAUGAAUUAUCUGGAAGUGCUUCUUCCCACUCUAAGCAUCGGAACAUGCAAUCACCACGAUCACCUUAUCCAUUGAGAAAUGGCUCUGGAAGUGAUGGUUUUGGUACACAUAUAAGACAAGAUUCAAACGGGAUUGGUUACUCCAAAUUCUUCACUUUCCAAGAAUUAUCAGAUGCAACCAAUGGGUUUUCAGCUCAAAAAAUUUUGGGUCAAGGUGGAUUUGGGUGUGUAUACAAAGGUCGCCUACCAGAUGGAAGAGAAGUUGCAGUGAAGCAACUCAAAAUUGGUAGUACACAGGGAGAACGGGAGUUCAGAGCUGAAGUAGAGACUAUUAGUCGCAUUCAUCACCGUCAUCUGGUUUCUUUGGUAGGCUACUGCAUUGACUAUGACCAAAGAUUGCUCGUCUAUGAGUAUGUACCGAACAACACACUUGAUUAUCACCUGCAUGGAGAAAGAAGGCCUGUAAUGGACUGGAAAACAAGACUCAAGGUUGCUGCAGGUGCGGCUCGCGGAAUAGCAUACCUUCAUGAAGAUUGCCAUCCCCGUAUUAUCCACAGAGACAUAAAAUCUUCAAACAUUCUGUUGGAUGGCAAUUUUGAAGCCCAGGUUUCAGAUUUUGGUCUUGCAAAGUUGACCUUGGAUGCUGAUUCGCAUGUAACAACCCGUGUCAUGGGAACCUUUGGUUACUUGGCUCCUGAGUAUGCAUCUAGCGGCAAGUUGACUGAUAAAUCUGAUGUCUUCUCUUUUGGGGUUGUGCUACUAGAACUUAUCACAGGGCGGAAACCAGUUGAUACAUCUCGGCCUUUGGGAGAUGAGAGUCUGGUUGAGUGGGCUCGUCCUUUGUUGCAAGAUGCACUUGAGUCGACCAAUUUCCAACGGUUAGCUGAUCCAAGGCUUGAGUAUGUUGAGAAUGAGAUGUUUCGAAUGGUUGAGGCAGCAGCAGCAUGUAUACGUCAUUCUGCUGAAUUGAGACCACGCAUGGGACAGGUAGCAAGAGCGCUUAGCAGUGAAAUAGAUGUUUCAGAUUUGAACAAUGGGAUGAAACCGGGCCAGAGCAGAAUGUUUGACAAUGCAGAGAUUUCAAAAGAAAUAAGAAUGUUUAAGAAGAUGGCAUUUGGUCCAGGGUCAAGUACUUCUUUUACCAGUGCAACUGACCGAGAUUCUGGUCACUCUAGUGGGCAUCAAUGAUAGAUGCUGGUAUGUUACUUUGAGGUUCUUCAAUCAAGAACCUGUGAAUCUCAAUAUGCAAAGCUAAGGUAGGAUGAAGAUAUUUGGUGCAUGAGGCGAUGCAUUUGCAUUCAGAGGGAUCUGAUUUUGUACAGAGGCCACUGUAUUUCUUAACAUCUUUGACCUUUGGUUUUCUUUUCGUAUUUCAGCUGGUGUAGUCUCCGUCUGGCAUCUUUCUGACUGUUAUGUCACAAUGUCUAUUCCGAGGGUUGCCAUCAAUGGCCUAUUUAUCUGUAAACGAGGCUUGAGUGUUUUGGUGUGUUUUCUUGUUUACAUAUGUAUGCAAGUUUUGCUC